AUGAGCUCACAGCAUCCACCGAAUAAGUCCGAGAAAAGAGGAGUACGUCAUACCAUACGGAGCAGUAUUCAAAGGGCAAAGGAUGCUUUGAGAACUUCGUCCAGUUCCCGCGCGCCAGCUGGACAGCCACAUUCUUCAAACACAGAUGACUCUACAUCUCAACUUAUUUCUAGUUCUCAAGCUACUACGGGUGAACAUACUGCUGAUGUUACUGCGUCUAACGCGAGCUCCACUGCCGUCAAAGUUCCGCCACGUGAAAAUUCCGGGACUGCAUGGGAACGACUAUCUAGUUCAUUGGGUGUACUCGAGAAGAGUCUCGGACUAUUCCCUCCGCUUAAAUCUGCCAUCGGUUCCCUUGUAGGGUGCCUUGAGGUAGUGAAGGUGGCUGCAUCGAAUCGCGUGGACUAUGAGGAGUUGGCACACGAGUUCCAAUUGAUGGUAGAUGCUCUGAGCCAGCAUGUUGGAAUAUUCGAAUCGGAGAAGAGUAAUGGAAGUGUGGCCAAUAUCGUACAAUGUAUGCAGGGUCAUAUUGCAGAAAUCAAACAGCAUGAAGAGAAAGGGUCUAUACAACGCUUGCGAGGCGCAACAAAUGAUCAGGAGGAUGUGAUAAAACGAUAUCGACAAAUCGAGAGGCUAUUCCGGCAGUUACAAUGUGAUAUUACUAUGCGAACUCAGGACCAAGUCAAGAAGCAACUCGAGACGACCCUCCUUCGAGGCAUGCUACCUGUCGACGACGCGAGGUACAAUUCGAGCUAUUCGAUGACCAUCAAACGACAUGGAUGCACCCCACAGACGCGCGAGAAAGUCCAUCAAACCCUACAAGAAUGGGCCACCGAUCCUGCAAGCGAAAAAAUAUACUGGAUGAGUGGUAUGGCGGGAACCGGCAAAACUACCAUCGCAUAUAGUUUCUGCGAAUGGUUGGAGCGUACAAACCGGCUCGGUGCUAGCUUCUUCUGUUCCCGUAUUUCCUCGACCUGUCGUUCCUUAAAUCGCAUCAUCCCAACUCUUGUCUAUCAGCUUGCACGUUAUUCGCCUGCUUUUCGAUCCACCCUCUGUGUUGGCCUGAACGAUAACCCGGAUGCGGGAUCGCUCAACGUAGGGCAGCAAUUUGAGAAGCUCGUAUAUCAGCCCUUAAUCGAAGCUAAAGCGGCUUUCCCAGACGAUGUUGUGAUGGUGAUCGACGCUUUGGACGAAUGCGAUGAUGCUUUCAGCGUCCGGCUGCUGCUAGACGUGCUGCUGAGUUCUGCAAGGAGCCUUCCAGUGAAGUUCUUUGUGCUAAGCCGGCCAGAAUAUGCUAUCAGAGACCGAAUGAUAACUGAAGACGGGGCUGCCCGAUUGAUUAUGCAACUUCACGAUAUCGAACAGUCAAUCGUAGAAGAAGACAUCAAGAAGUAUCUUACCGAGGAACUCAAGUCCAUGUCACCUCCUCCAUCCCCAGAACAAAUUCUCAUGCUUGCGAAGCGCGCUGGGGCGCUAUUUAUCUAUGCGGCAACGGUAGCCCGAUACAUACACCCCAAAGUCAUCCCCGUGGACUCAAGUGCUCGCCUCGAAGCAAUACUGAACGUACCAAGGGCAACCCAGGACACAAAUCACAAAUACAAAGACCUUGACCGCCUAUACACAACUGUAUUGGAGGCCGCUUUUAACGAGGACUUGGGAGAAGAUGAAAAGGGUCGCAUCCAACAUGUUCUAUGGGCGGCUGUAUGUGCGAGAGAGCCAGUGGUUGCAGCUACGAUCGGCCUACUAGUGGGUCUAUCUGAACCUCAGGUUUGGUCGGCCCUACAAUCUUUGAGAUCUGUGUUGCAUGUACCAGAAAACAACGGGCCAGUAUCGGUUCUACACGCGUCGUUUCCUGAUUAUAUGCUUGACCAAUCACGAUCCAAGGAGCUAUACUGCAACGAAUCUCGGUCAAACGAAAUGCUGACGCAUCGUUGCUUUGCUGUUAUGAAGGAUGAGUUGAGAUUCAACAUCUGUAACCUUACGAACUCUUACCUCGCCGAUUACCAAGUGGACCACCUAGAUGUACGAGUAGGACGGUCUGUUUCUCGGACGUUAUCGUACGCAUGUCGUCAUUGGUCCAGUCAUCUGCUUCUUUCCUCGGCCCUAGAUGAUACGCGUAUCAUACUAAUCGAUUUCUUGCUUAACUACCUUCUGUUCUGGAUGGAGGUACUCAGCCUCAGCCGGUGUAUUGGAACUGGCACGUCAAUGAUGGAUCAAGUAAAAGCUUGGCUCAUGAAAAUGGAGAACAGUAACAACAACGACCAAAGAAUUGUCACGGAAGCUCGCAACUUUAUUACAUGGUUUGCUACUCAUCCAUGCUCACAAAGCACACCUCAUAUUUAUGUUUCGGCUUUACCUACAUUCAUUAAGUCCAGUUGGAUUUAUCGUCGCUACUGGAAGCGUAUCCAAGGACUCCCUAAUAUCACGAUAAAUACAAGAGAUGAUGCUGCGCUUGCCACCUGGAGUACCGACGGUCCAGUACUGGCUAUCGAUAUUUCCCCUGACGGUAACCGUAUUGCGUCCGGGAACAUUGAGGGCUGGAUACGCAUCUAUGAUAUACGAACGGGCGCCAUAAUUGCUGGGCCGUUCCAAGAUCAUACUUCGUUUGUUAACUCCGUCGCAUUCUCCCCCGAUGGCAUCCAGCUUGCUUCUUGUUCACGCGACGGGACCAUCAUUAUUUGGGAUACGCAACUUUGCGGCAUUGCUUCUGGUCCUCUUCGCGGCCAUAGGGAUGGUGUGCUUUCAGUGAAAUUCUCGUUAGAUGGCAAGCGGCUUGUAUCUGGGGCUGACGACAACACGAUAAUUAUAUGGGAUGUAUGCACUGGUACGAUUCUCGUUGGUCCUCUCCAAGGGCAUAUUGCGCCAGUUCAAUCGGCAGUGUUUUCUCCAAAUGGGAAUGUAAUUGCAUCCGUUGCCUGCCAGGGUGAUACAACGGUUAGGCUCUGGGACUCCCGUACCGGCAACAUCAUCAAACAACUUGAUGGACAUGAAGCUGGAAUUAUGAGCAUAGCAUAUUCACCCAACAGCAAGUAUCUUGCUACAGGCUCCAACGACAACACUGUUCGAGUAUGGGACGUGCAUGGCGGCAUUCUGGCCAUCCCGCCCCUUCAGGGGCACAAAGAUCAAGUUCUUGCAGUAACCUUUUCUUCUGACGGAAGCUAUAUCGUUUCUGGUGGGGGCGGACGGGAUAGGAGGAUUAUUAUAUGGGAUGCGCUUACAGGCUCAAUUGUAGCCGGCCCAUUCUACGGACAUGCGGACUGGAUUGCAUCGGUGGGGUUCACCCCUGACAAUACUCGAGUAGUGUCUUGUUCUAUGGAUUGCACGAUACGGAUAUGGGAUGUACGACCACAGAACGAUGCCGAUGAUGAAGCGAGUACGCAUAUUCCCUGCACAGGGCCAAUCGCGUUUUCCUUGGAUUGCUCUCAGUUUGCAUCAAGCUCCCCCGGCGGGUCUCUUCACGUUUGGGACUUGCGUACUGGAACUACAAUUUCACCUCCCUUUGAAGAGCAGCUGGAGUCUGAGAAGAUUGAAUCUAUCGCCCUUUCUCCUACAGGUACAUAUCUUGCCGCAGGCUUCAACAAUUUUACGAUUCAAAUCUGGAAUGCGCUUACCGGCAACAUGGUCACGCAGACACUUGAAGGACAUACAGAAUCCGUCAGAUGCAUGACUUUCUCUCCCGAUAGCACUCUCCUGUGCUCUGGCUCAGAUGAUGCUACGAUUAUAGUUUGGGAUGUCGAAACGGGUACUAUGGUCGACCGCCCAUACGAAGGUCAUCUCGACUCGGUUUGUUCCAUCACAUUUUCGCCCAAAGGCACGCACUUGGCCUCCGGUUCCGCUGAUAAUACUGUCCGAGUGUGGGAGUUGUCCGGCAAUACACCCGUUCUCAUUAUGAUUGGUCACGAAGGCUUGGUCGAGUCGAUUGCAUUCUCGCCAGACGGAAAGUACAUCAUCUCCGGUAGCGCUGAUGGCAGCAUCCAAAUGUGGGAAGCCUGUAGUGGCGAUGGCGUCAAGACAUUCUUCCCUGCUCGCAGCAAUCCAGUACCCGAGAGUAUAGGCUCAAGUCUGGGCAACUACCCUCAAAACCCUAUCCCGGUUACCUGGGUGUCCUACUCACCUGAUGGCACUCGCAUAGCCGCUGCAACAUCCUUUGACAUUUACCUGUUCGAUGUUGAAAGUACUGAAAUAAUCUUCAAUGUGUCCGCCAGAAGACAUCACGGUGUUAAAUGGGUCGCAUUCACACCAGACGGAGCUGAUAUGAUCUCAGUGGGGACACUGUCAAGGGAUUUCGAACAGUUCAAUAAUAUCCGCGUAUGGCAGGCAGGAGCAUAUGGUACCCCAUUAUCCUCAUCGAGGAACGCGGGAGGAUUCUACGAUGUGCAUGAUGGACGAGUUUUAUCCGAGCAGGGCCUCGUCGUCUGGGCUCCACAUGAUCUAAUCCCCUUUCUGGGGGUCAACUGCGAAUCACACCAUUGUGUGCUCGAUUUCUCACCGGAUGGGAUUAUUAAUAUUGGGUACAAAGUUCCAUGCAUUGGAGAGAGGUGGGCAGAAUGCUUUAUUCAAUGGGACUCUGCCAUACACAACCAAAUCGCCCCAAAGCUGAGGUCAGGUCAAAUCAUGAGCUCUCCACCGCCGGCAGAUAAGCCGAAAAAGCACAGGCUCGGCGACAGUAUACAAGAAAGGAUUCAUCGGGCGAAAUCCUGGUUAAACCUGGGCUCGUCAACUGGUGACCCGGAGCGCUUGACCCCACCCCGUAUUACAUCUCGUCUUUUCUCUCUGUCUCGAUCCACAACUCCUACUCCAAGGGCGAUACCACCUGCCCCCGAGCCAGAGCAGGAGGCCCCCAACUCAGCUGCUGGUUCAGCUAACAAGACUUCCAUCAUCGGCGCUAGCGCAAACCCCAUCCCAGAUAGCAGCUCGAAUAAACCCCCCAACCCCGCAUUGGGUGGGCUUGUGAGCUCCUUGCGUAUACUCGAGACCAGUGCCGAGUCGUUUCCUCCCCUCAAGCUCGCCGUCGGUGCAUUAAUUGGGUGUUUGGAUGUGGUUCAGAGAGCGGAAAGCAACCGCGCAAACUACAAAGCCCUGGAGAAAGAGUUCGCAUCGAUGUCGGAUAUCCUAAAUCAACACGUCAGUGCGCUUGAUCCGGGCGCGACCACUGGGAGUAUCGGGCAUAUCUCACAAUCUAUGAAGAACCAUAUUUUUGAGAUCAAAAAGCAAGUGGAACGAACCGGUAUAGGGCGUCUAUUGGAUGCGACGCAAGAUCAAGAAGACUGCGAUAUGAGUAUGCGGACCCAUGAUCAAGUCAAGAAACAACUAGAGGAAACCAGGCUUCAACGUAUGGCACCGGUCGAAGAUGCUAAAUAUGACUCAAGCUACUCAAUGACCAUUAAACGGCACCGGUGCACAGCUCGGACACGCGAAGCAAUACAUCAAGACCUUCGAGACUGGGCAACAAACUCUGGAAGUGCAAAGAUUUACUGGAUGAAUGGCAUGGCCGGUACAGGAAAGACUACAAUUGCAUACAGUUUCUGCGAGUGGCUCGAGAGCACCAACCGGCUCGGGGCCAGUUUCUUCUGUUCGCGUAUCUCCUCAACCUGUCGCUCCUUGAGUCGAAUUAUUCCAACCAUAUCAUAUCAGCUCGCGCGCUACUCACCCGCGUUCCAGUCAAGCCUAUGCACCAUCCUAGAGGCUAAUCCGGAUGCUGGGACACUGAAUGUGGCUCAGCAAUUCGAGAAGCUUGUGAAAAUGCCAUUAUUGAAAGUCAAGGGCGCUAUACCGGAGAAUGUCGUUGUGAUGAUCGACGCGCUAGACGAGUGCGAUGACAGUUACAGCGUGCGUCUGUUACUGGACGUAUUACUCAAUUUCGCCAAGGAUCUUCCGCUCAAGUUCUUUGUGGCAAGCAGACCGGAGCCCAUUAUCUGGGACAAGAUGUUUUCUAAAGGUGGAACCUUGCGAUCAAUAGUGCACUUGCACGACAUCGAGAAGUCAAUUGUGGAAGAAGAUAUCAAGAAGUACUUGACUGAUGCCCUGAGUUCCAUGUCGCCACCCCCGUCCCUCAACGAUAUUGAAGUGUUAGCAAAACGUUCAAGGAACCUGUUUAUCUAUGCCGCCACAGUUGUCCGAUAUAUCUAUCCGGGCGAUAUCCACGUCGAUUCGUCAGCUCGGCUUGAGGCGAUGCUCGAGGCUAUCAGCACGUCCGGACCUGUUGCAGAGAACAGGUAUGAAGACCUCGACCUUCUAUACACUACCGUGCUUAGUGCGGUGUUCCAUGCUCGCUUAAGCGCCAGGGAAAAGGAUAAUAUGCGACGUGUUCUAUGGACAGUAGUUUGUGCGAAGGAACCAAUAACCGCGCCCACCAUCGCCUCUCUAACGAAUUUACCCGAACAUCAAGUAAGGGUCCCACUGCAGUCGCUCCGAUCGGUGGUACACGUGCCUGAGAACAGCGCCCUCAUAUCCACUCUACAUGCAUCGUUCCCCGAGUACAUGCUGGAUCAGUCUCGAUCGAAGGGGUUUUGGUGCGAUAGCUCUCAGUCAAACGAAAUUAUGGCCCGCCGCUGUUUUGGUGUAAUGCAAGCUGAGCUUAGGUUCAACAUGUGCAAUCUUCAAAACUCGUAUCUGGAAGACGACCAGGUGCAGGAUCUACAAUCGCGAGUAUCUAAAUUCAUAUCCCCCGCCCUUUCAUAUGCAUGUCGCUACUGGGCCUCUCAUCUAAUUUCAGCCCCCGCAACAAAUGACACAUGUACCGAGCUGCGCCACUUGUUGACCGAUAAACUCCUAUUCUGGAUGGAAGUACUUAGUCUGAGCAAGUGUAUUGGAACCGGGGCGCCAAUGAUGCAACAAGCACAAAGCUGGCUACAGAAACUGGAUCAAGCGCCGGACGAAAUACAAAAACAAAUUGCUGAUGCGCGCAACUUUGCCACUUGGUUCGCCGCCAACCCAUGCUCUCGAAGCACUCCCCACAUCUAUAUCUCGGCUCUCCCGCUUUGCGCCAAGUCAAACUGGGUAUAUCAGCACUACUCAAAGCGCAUGCAAGGGCUUGCAAAUAUUGCCAUUGGCCAACGCGACGACGCUGCGCUUGCCAUCUGGAAUACUGAAUCAAUACCCCACACAAUCGCCGUAUCUCCUGAUGGUAACCGUAUUGCAUCGGGCCAUGCCAAUGGCAGCAUCAAUAUAUAUGACACGCAGACAGGCGCUAUCAUUGCUGGGCCGUUCAAAGGGCACGAAAGUCAUGUUUUGUGCGUCGCGUUUUCUCCUGAUGGGACUCAUUUGGCAUCUGGCUCGUAUGAUAACACUGUCAUUAUUUGGAACACGCAUAGCGGCAGCAUAGUCUCUGGUCCAUUCAAACGGCAUACCGGUUUUGUGCGGUGGGUGGCGUUCUCGCCUGAUGGCCAUCGUAUUGUUUCCGGGUCUGACGACAAAUCUGUGAUCGUGUGGGAGGCCUCCUCGGGUCGCAUUAUCCUUGGUCCCCUCCAAGGCCAUACUGACCAUGUUUACUCUGUCGGAUACUCCUCUGAUGCCAGUACGAUCAUGUCUGGCUCAGAUGAUGGAACUAUCAGACUGUGGAAAGCAUACGAUGGAACCCUGAUUCAUGAGCUACCGUCUGCUGGUGGCCGUUUAUUCCAGGCCGCACUGUCGCCCGAUGGGAAACAGGUUGUUGCUUGCUACAGAGAAGGAUCCAUUCAAAUAUGGGAUGUAGCGACUGGUACCAUCGCCAUUCCGCCCUUCAAAAGGCACAAGACGGAUACUUACUUGGUAGGGUUCUCUCAGGAUGGGAAGUAUGUCAUCUCUGGCGGCGAUGCCGAGGGUAGGGGUAUCAUCGUCUGGGAUGCACUGACGGGAUCCAUUGUUGCCGGUCCGCUGCUUGGGCACUCAAGGGCAGUUCGUGAACUCGUAUCAUUGCCCGACAGUACUCGCAUCGUCUCUUGUUCUCUUGAUAAUACCAUUCGAACAUGGGAUAUCCAAAAGCAGGGCGAGAAAGAUAAGAAACUGGAUACACGCAUAGCAUCAGUGGGACCAAUUUCAUUCUCGACUGAUCGUUCUCGCUUUGCAUCAAUCUCGUCAAACCAGUCUAUUCAUGUUCGGAAUCUGCGUAGCGGAGACAUCAUUUUACCUCACUUCGAAGAGCAGGCAGAAGCUAGGUCAAUUGAGUGCGUGGCAUAUUCCUCUACAGGCGCAUAUAUCGCAGCUAGCAGCCACGAUUUCACGAUCCAGAUAUGGGAUGCACAUACCGGAGUAACCAUCUCACAGCCACUACAAGGACAUGAUUCCUCUAUUCAUUGCAUCUCAUUCUCCCCCGACGACUCACAUCUCUGCUCUGGUUCCGACGACAUGACUAUCCGCAUCUGGGAAACAAGCACAGGUGCUUUAGUUGGUCGACCAUAUGGUGGCCAUACAUCUGCCGUUCGAUCCGUCACAUACUCGCCUGAUGGCGCCCAUAUAGUUUCUGGCACAGCCGAUGGUGCCGUUCAUAUCUGGAACCCAACCACUGGCAAUACCAUCCAUAAAUUGAUUGGCCACACUGGUGCCGUGCGGUCCAUUGCGUUUUCACCCGAUGGAAAUCAUAUUAUUAUAGCCAGAGAUGACGGAGAGGUUCACAAAUGGGACAUCGACAGUAAUAACGCUCUUGAAGUCCCCUUUGAGAAUUACGGUGCCGCAGUCAGCUAUGCAUGUUUUUCCGCUGAUUCUACACAUGUCCUUGCUGGCUACGGGUCCUCUGUUGGCAUGGUCAGCAUACGCACCUUAAAGCCUGUUUCUGAGUUUUCUGGCCCUCGAGAUGAAGAAAUAUUUUGGGUUGGGUACGCUUCGAAUGGGGUAGAUAUUGUGACUGUCUCGAAAAAAAAUGAAGAAAAGGGCAGCAGCGGAGGCGAAGGAGGUACCUCGGAGAGCUCUGCUAUAAAACCAUCUCGACAUGCUAAUGUAAUUCGCGUAUGGCGCCCUAGCUCUUUUCGCAUUGAUCAGAAAGCGACAGAUUCUUCCACAAAUUCUUGGUCAUAUAAACCCGAUGGACGAAUCGUAUCGCCUGAGGGUUGUACACUUUGGGUGUCACCCGAUCUCCUCCCAUACAUGAAGGCCAAGUCCGAGUCAUACUACAAUCCAUUUGUUUUGUCACCUGAUGGCAUAAUCGAUGUCGGGUACAAGGAUCUUUCUAUUGGCAAUAAGUGGGCUGACUGCUAUAUCCAUAAGAAUUGA